AUGCUCGAUCUACAGCUUUUUACACUUUCUUUGCUCUGUCUUGGAGCUUCUGCUCAGCUUCGAUUCGUUCGUCACAUCCAAGGCACCGAAAAUGGCCUAGUCCAAGCCGAGAAUACCAAUUCUGCCCGGCUCAAUGACGCAGUAGCCGCUCAAGAAGUCGCUGAAGUCCGUGGAAAUGCCGUAGACUCCCGUCAAGUGGUCGCUGAAGCCGCUGCAGUUGUUGAAGCCCCUCAUGAAGCCGUUGAAGCCAAGAAUGAAGAAGUCUCCACCACUCAAAGCCCCUUGGAAAGUGCCAUUGCCGACGCCAAAGCCAGACAAGCCAAAGCUCUCGCCAAAAUCGCUGAAGCUCAAGCCAAAGCCAAGGCAGCCGCUGAAGAAGCCAGAAUCCGCUCACAAACCGCGUUGGAGAAAGCCCAAGCCGACGCUAAAGCCGCUGUGGCCAAAGCUCAAGCCGAUGCCAAAGCAAAUGCCGCUAGAAUCCAAGCUGAUGUAGCUGCGGCCAGAGUCCGAGCAGAUGCUGAUCUUCUCGCGGCGCAAGCCCGCGCCAGAGCUGAUGUGAUCGCCGCCAACAACCGCGCCAAUCUCGAUGCCGACCACGCCGUUCUGGCCGCCAAUUUGGCCAGAGCCAAUGCCAGGGCUACUGUUUUGGCGUUUGGAUAA